AACCGUUAAAAAAUGCAUAAAAGUUAUACUGCAUGCACUACAUCAAGUUCGCUGUGCAGUAUGUCGCGCCCAUACGAGUAUCUAACGGAAGACUGCGUUAAAGGUCGGCUAACCUGGAAUAAAGCGAUUGUGGCAGCUGAAAGGGCUCUAAAAGGUCUUGCAACGGGCGAGGCUCGCCAGACCAGACGUGUUAAACUGCAACUAGGCGAAAGUCCAAAUUUCAUAUUCAUCAUGUGCGGAUACUUGAGAGAUUGCGACUACGGAGGGCUGGUGAGCUUAUCGGUGACCAAGUUCGUUGGUAACCGAAGCCUGCAGCCGCCACUUCCAAUUAUGCACUCUGACGUAGCUCUAAUGGAUGAAAACACUGGAGUUACCAAAGCGGUUAUUCCUGGAAGGGACUUGACGAAGUGGGUGAUCCCGUCGGUUUCCGUAGUGGCUACGAAAUAUCUUCAUGGAGAGACUGGCGGGACUUUGGCAAUCAUUGGCGCUGGUAACCAAGGAAGACUUCACGCCAUUGCUUUGCAAGGACACUUCCACUUUUCAAAGGUUCGGGUAUGGAAUCGUACGGCGUCCAAAGCUGAAGAUUUAGUAAACGAGUUAAAUCGUGAAAUAGAGGCAUCUCCGUUUGCCACUGCUGCCUCAGUAGAGGAAUGCGUUACCGGCGCCGACGUCAUCGUUACCGCAACAAAUUCAUCGCAAACUCUGGUACAAGGGUCUUGGAUUAAAAAGGGGGCCCACAUUAACGCAAUUGGGGUUAGCGUGACCACCACCGAAUUGGAUGCCGAUACUUAUCGCGCUUCUAAAAUUUACACCGAUAAUAAAGCUGAAGCGGAAACUGAACUGAACUCCAUCGUUCAAAUGGGGGUGAAAUUUGAAUGCGAAGUUGGAGACGUUAUUGUGCAGAAGGUACAGGCACCUAAACGUGGAGACACUACCAUCUUCCAAAGCUCAGGGACGGCUGUCCAGUAUUGCGCGAUGGCUCGUCUCAUGUACAACAUGUACAAAUGAAGGAAUUGAGGAGAUGACUCAGAUCGUAGCAAAACCUACUAGAAAAAAGCACUAGAGUACUUACAUUUGACGUAUUCGUAUCGUUUUGGGAAUCGCACUUGUUCUUUAAUAAAGAACAAGGUUUAAAGAAUAAUAUGUAAUUAUUUAAUAGCAUUACACUGAAUUCAGUUUUUUAACGUAUUUCGUGUUUAGGGUUUGAAUUCCAAUAAAAGUUGAUUAUAAAAUAUGUAA